AUGUCGAAACACGUCGACCUCGGGCGGAGUAUCUGCCAGAUGUUGCAGUCGACGAUGCAGCCAGAUGGUUCGAUUCUGCGUAACAAGCAAGCCACAUUUAGCAUAUCCGUGGAAGAUGCAUACGACCAUGAUAUAGUCGAGGAUGAUGUUGACCCAGAUGAUUUAUUCGACGAGAUGACUGCUAGUAUAGCAGAGAUGCGGCCAAGUAUGCCGCCGUAG